UCCGCCGGCGUUGCUCGCAGAGCGGCGGCUGCGGCAGCGGCGGCGCUUUCGGUCCGGAAGGCUCUUGCGCCGCGGAGGCACCGGCCGAGAGGAGCGCUGAAAUCCUUUGGAGUGAUGGACGACUACACCAAGAUAGAAAAGAUUGGUGAAGGAACGUAUGGCGUCGUGUACAAAGGCAAGCACAAGGCCACGGGCCAAGUGGUGGCCAUGAAGAAAAUCCGCCUGGAAAGCGAUGAAGAGGGUGUUCCCAGCACGGCCAUCAGGGAGGUUUCCCUGCUGAAAGAGCUACACCAUCCCAACAUUGUGUGUCUUCAGGAUGUGCUUAUGCAAGACUCAAGGCUUUACCUUAUCUUUGAAUUUCUUUCCAUGGAUCUCAAGAAAUACUUGGAUUCUAUCCCAUCGGGCCAAUAUUUAGAUCGCAUGCUCGUUAAGAGUUACUUGUACCAAAUCUUGCAAGGUAUCGUGUUCUGCCAUUCAAGAAGGGUCCUGCACAGAGACCUGAAACCCCAGAACUUGUUAAUUGAUGACAAUGGUGUGAUUAAACUAGCCGACUUCGGGCUGGCACGUGCUUUCGGCAUCCCCGUGCGUGUCUAUACACACGAGGUUGUAACCUUGUGGUACAGAUCCCCCGAGGUCUUGCUUGGUUCUGCUCGCUACUCUACCCCUGUAGAUAUAUGGAGCAUCGGGACCAUCUUUGCAGAAAUGGCCACCAAGAAGCCGCUGUUCCACGGGGAUUCAGAAAUCGACCAGCUCUUCCGGAUCUUCAGAGCAUUGGGGACCCCCAACAAUGACGUCUGGCCGGAAGUAGAAUCCUUGCAGGAUUACAAGAAUACCUUCCCCAAAUGGAAACCGAGCAGCCUGGCAUCCCACGUGAAGAAUUUGGAUGAUGAAGGCCUCGAUCUGCUCUCUAAAAUGUUGAUCUACGAUCCCGCAAAAAGGAUUUCUGGCCGUGUGGCCCUGAAUCACCCCUACUUUGAUGACCUGGACAAAUCGAAACUCCCAGCCAACCGGCUCAAGAAAUGCUAACUGUUGGUUUGUGGAGAAGCUGCUGCGGAUGUUUGCUGCGAGAGUAUGCAGAAAUUGUUGCUCUUGUUUUUUUAUAUAUGUCUGUCUUGAUCUGUUCUAAAAUUAUAGCCCUGUUUAGAGUCCCUGAUGUAAAAUCCUCCUCAAAUGUAAAUAUUAAGUGACUCAGUCCUCAAUAAAUUUGUGCACUGUUAAUUAUUCCCACCGUUAUAUAAAUAAAUCCUUCAAAACUA